CACACGACCUCCAAUCACGUCGCAAUGUGGGCGGGACUACGGAGUGUUUUGCUAAACCAAUCGUGAGUGUGGUUCAAGGCCAGCAGCAAACCGGUGAUUUGGUUGUUAUUUUCUCAGGUAAUAAUUCAAAUAACGGCAAUAAUCCUACCCGUCCCAAGGAUUAAAGUCCGUCGUUUCCGUCUCAUCUUCUUAUAUUCCUCAUUAGUCCACCUGUCAGUGAAACCGACACAUUCGGCGGUCACUUUGGCAGCUCGUCGCUCCCAGAAGGAUAACAUCACAUGACAGCAACUCCAGCUCUGCAUGUGCGGUAACAGCAUGUCAGCUCCUCUACCUGCCGUGGUGCCUGCCGCGCGGAAAGCCACCGCCGCGGUUAUAUUUCUACAUGGUCUUGGUGAUACGGGACAUGGGUGGGCAAGUGCCUUCACAGGCAUCAAAACACCCCAUGUGAAGUACAUCUGUCCGCAUGCUCCAACGAUACCAGUUACCUUAAACAUGAGGAUGUCCAUGCCCGCAUGGUUCGACAUUUAUAGCUUGAACCACGACGCGGAUGAGGACGCAUCGGGUAUCAAACGAGCGUCAGAAAAUUUAAAAGCCCUAAUAGACCAUGAAGUGAAAAAUGGAAUUCCCUCUCAUAGGAUAAUGCUGGGUGGUUUCUCCCAGGGUGGAGCGCUGUCUCUCUACACCGCUCUGACUUCUCAGCACAAGCUCGCCGGUGUGAUUGCUCUGAGCUGCUGGCUGCCUCUACGGAACUCCUUCCCUCAGGCCUCGGCCUGCGGCGCCAACGCAGACGUGCCUCUGCUGCAGUGCCACGGGGACGCGGACGGCAUCGUCCCCGUGCAUUUCGGUCGCCAGAGCGUGGAGAAGAUGAAAAGUCUCAUCAACCCGGCCAACAUCACCUUCAAAACGUACCGCGGCCUGGCUCACGACGCCUGCCCAGAGGAAAUGGUGGAGGUUAAGAGGUUCAUAGAGAAACAGCUCCCGCCCAUCUGAGCUGAGCCUGUCUGAUUGGCUGAGUACUCCCCACGACCGCUGUCCACCAGCCUAUGCUACCGCUACCUGAAGAACCCACACUGACUCAACGCGCAAACCUCCGCUGCUACCGCUACAUAGAGCCAUACUGGACCGGGGCUAACGGUGGGCCUGGAUGUUAGCCUGGACAUUCGCCUCUACAUUAGCCUUAGAAUUAACCUCGAAGUUAGCCUGGGCGUUAGCAUCCAGAUUAAUCUGCUAGCCUGGAUGGUAGCUCGGGGUACUCCUAACUGGGAGGACCAGAAGUAGGCCCACCUCAAGUGUUAGGACACAGGAAGUAGAAUUACCCCAGCAGAGUGCAGACGCCUGCUGAUAAGAGCACAAGCUAUCUGGAAUACCUUAGGCAAUAUCUGACUAAUACUUUUUAGUAUUAUAAUACUACUGCACCAUCUAGUAUAAGUAUACUUAUGAUGAAGCUACCAGCUAUUUUGAGUGAAACCAAGUAUUAAUAUACUACUUGAUAUAGGUCAAAAUAUACAAGCUGUAUGUUCAUUUAUAUAGUAUUAUAAUGCUUUGAGUCAUCUCAAUCAUUGUAUUUUGCAAUGAUGUGAUUAAGUGAACCACGAAGCAUUGACAAAAGAAACACAGUUUACGAAUUUACAUAGGUUUUUAUAAUAUUCAGAUUGAUAUGCAUACAUAUAUACAUGCACACAACCCACAUACAAAAUCUGUAGGAAGAUGUAGUAUUAUAUUAGAAAGAAUAGACUUUUCCAUUAAUAUCCAUGCAAAACAAGGGCAAAGUGUGUUCAACAUAAACAUUACAACUGUGCUUUAUUCAAGUUGUGAGAAAGGUCAGCACUGUUUCACACAAACGUUUUUAUAAAUACACAGAUAAUAUCAGUGGUUAUGGUCAUGGACUCACCCCCGUGCUAAACCUCACAGUAUUCCAACCCACAACACGCGCUCCACUUCCAUCUCUCGCCCAUCCCUUUCUCUGAGGAACUUAUCUUUGACCAGAGCUGAGAGCACCAAACGUAUGAUGUCAUAGUGUCACCAUUCAGAUCCACGGCGGAAGUGCGUGAGAGAGCUUUGUUCCAAGGCACUUAAAUAAAAGAAGAAUAAAUCAAAUCUA